AUGACGAGGACGCUCCAGGAACGCCGCCUGGCCCGAGAGAUGGAGCGGGAACAGGAGCUGGCUAGGGAGGCUCCUUUUGCACCCAAUGUACGGCCCCGGCGCUGCACGGAAGUCCACGGAACUGAGCGCCACCUCAUCUUGUACGAGCAACGCUUGGACAUCGCGAAGCGGCGUCGAGAUCUGCAGGAGCAGAAGUUGAGGAGUGAGCGCGAGUACUUAGAUCGCCACAGCGUCCAUCGAGCGCGUUCUCCUCGGUCCCCACAGGCCAAUGACUACGCAGUGUACCAGCGUUUGCACGAAGAGGCGGAGAUCAAGCGGCAAUUGGGCAUGCAAAGGUGA